AUGUUUCGGCGAUGUGGUUUGCCACUGCUCAGCUCAACGACCCCUGCAGGGUUUUCCUCCGCCUCCUUUACGGCCGGUCUCGGCGAAGAGAAUGAGAGGCUUGAGUCCAUGAGAACAAGGCACACGGGAACGGCUGAGGAUGAAGGCUGGAGCGGGUCCGCAAAGCGCGGUAGCGGCGGGAGUGCCGCUGUGAGACCCACUAUUGAAACCUACCGGGCAAUGACCAACACGGAACUCGAAACCCUCUUGAAGCAGCGUGAGCAACAAGUUCGUCAGUUGCGGGUGGUCUAUGAAAAUUUUCAUUAUGAAGUGGACAAAUGCUUCCGAACAAUGGUGUUCGAUUAUCACGAAAAGGCACUCCAGCUCUCGCAGGUGCACGGAAAGAUGCAGCUUGGUUCGCUACAGAUUAGUCGGGAGGCCUUAGUGAAGAUGCGUGAGCAACAGGAAAUGUACAGCCGAGACCAUCGCAUCGUUUUAACCAUUUGUACGGUCCUUUCAUUUGCCUUUUGGGUUUGGGUUCGGAGACAUUAUGUCCACCGCGAGGAGCUUUACGGGGUUCAGCCAGAGCGACAACAGGAUAGUAGCGCAAGAGAACGGACUCGUUCAGUGAGCGGCGCCGGAAGUUUCAACGAAAAUCUGUUCACUUCCGCUAAACGAAAUAGCCGAAACGUGGAAACGUCGUGGGAACGGGAAGUCCGCGAGAGCGGUAGAACAAGAGGACACCAAAGCGUAUGA